AUGGACAUCGGUAUGUACACUUAUUCAGACUUCAGGGACAAACUGUUGAUGACGAUUCUCCAGCCAAAUACUGGUCAUCAUGUUCAAGCACAUGGGGCAGGAUUUAUAGAAGUCUCUGGAACUUACUACAUGAUUGGUGAAGAUAAAACAAACGGCUCGGCAUUCCAGAACAUAAAUUGCUACUCUUCUACCAACCUCGUCGAAUGGAAGUUUGAGAAUGCCCUCUUGUCCCGAACCGCAUCUGGAGAUUUAGGGCCAGACCGCGUGGUUGAACGCCCCAAGGUCAUUUACAAUGACAAGACUUCGACCUACGUCAUGUAUCUUCAUAUUGACGACAGUGGCUACGGCGAGGCAAAGGUUGGCGUAGCUACAUCAAGCUCGGUUUGUGGCGAUUAUCAAUAUCGCGGUAGCUUCAAUCCUCUUGGUCAACAGUCUCGAGAUAUCGGGCUGUUCAAGGAUGAUGAUGGUUCGGGCUACCUUUUGACAGAAGAUCGGCCGAACGGCCUUCGCAUCGUGAAGCUAAGUGCCGACUUUCUUAACACCACCGCCAAUACAUACCUGUGGAGUGACCAUUUUGAAUCUCCAGCUGUCUUGAAGAAGGACGGUUAUUACUUCAUGUUUGGCUCCCAUCUCUCCGGUUGGAAUCCAAAUGACAAUGUCUACAGUUAUGCCAAGUCUCUUUCUGGUCCAUGGAGCUCUUGGACUACCUUUGCUGACGUAGGUUCCAACACAUAUUGGUCCCAGACGAAUUACAUCUUACCGUUCGGAGAAUCCGCCAUUUACAUGGGUGAUCGCUGGCAGCCAAGCAACUUGAUGCGUAGCACCUACAUUUGGCUGCCACUUGACAUAUCCGGAAGCAAAGUCACCCUUAAAAACCGCAGCAGCUGGGUGCCAAAUGUGAAGGAGAAGAAGUGGUCCGACUCACCUGCUUCCACCCAAAUUGAAGCAGACAACGCAACUCUCAGCGGCGGUGCAAAAACUGUCUCAUGUUCCGGGUGUAGCGGCGGCCAAGCUGUUGGAUGGGUUGGAGGGCCGUCCGGGGGGAGGCUUACAUUCUCAGGGAUACAGAGCAAUGGAAAUCAGCAGGCAACUGUUCGAAUUGCUUACGCCAAUGGUGACGAGACUGAACGCUACGCCAACGUUGUUGUCAAUGGCAAAGCUCAAAAGCUCGUAUUCUUGCCUACUGGAGGUGGCCAGAGCGCCGGUGAUAGCUCUCUCAACUGUGAGUUGGUUGCAGGCUCUGGUAAUGCUAUUGUCAUUGAGGGACUUGACGGUGCCUAUGGUCCAGAUGUUGACCUUGUUUCUAUACCUGAGAACUGA